AUUGUUUUGGCCCAAAAGCCUUCAAUACCAGAUCUGCCAUGCGAAAUGCAAAUUUUGAGGAACUCAAUCACAAAAAUGGAGUAGUCAGUGCAUGGGUACAUGGUGCCCCGCGAGGUGAAUGGCACUCACACGCCUGGAAAGUGGAUUCCAGUUCCAAAAAUUCAUGGUGCACCUUCCCGGAAUCGCAGGAGGGGCAAUUGGUCUACAACCCGUGCGGUCCAAUGCCAUCGAACAAUCAUAAACGCAUUUUGUUUUUCUUUACAGGAAUCUUCAAUUUGACGCUCGAUAUGGACAAUCUCAUGUUCAACCUCUCCACCCCGGGAUCUUCGCGGACUUUUUGGCCAAGGGCUCUUGGCAGCGAUUGCCAGGGUCCGCAGGAUGUUCAUGAUUCAGAUUUUCUGAGAGGUUACCCCGUGCGCUUGGUUCGUCAAAGGAGAUACCUACACCAUUGGCUUAUUGUCAAUGCGUCUUGUGCAGAUAACACUGCAUCUUUGGAGUUUCGCAUUUGGAGAAAAUGUGUGGAUGUUCACUUGAUUGGAGACCAGCCGCAGUUCUCUGGGAACUUCCAGGAGUCCAGCGGCAGAACUGGCUAUGGUGACAGCUAUGCAGCACUUGGUUUUUGCUGCUCUGGACUCAGAUGUGAUCUGAUCGAUGCCACCAUGCCAGACUGCUGUCCGCUCGGCGAAUCCUCGUGCGGAUUCGGCCCUUCAAAGAGAUGUCCUUCACCUUUGAGGACAAACAAUGUGAUCCCCAAGCCUUUGGUCGUUGAUGAGACUGGUACACACCUUCAUCCGUGGGGUGAUGGCUAUGCAUGGCACGUCCCAUUGACAGGCCGCCACGAAGCAUUUCAGGUGGUUUUGGAGAAUCCCAACCAUGAGACAGCGGAUGUCCGGAUCAUUUUUCACCUGGAUGACCCGAGCAAGAUCACAGGUGUUGCAACUUUGCUUCGCAACAUCAGCAACAAGAAGCCCUCGGGGUUGCACCUGCAACUGAGCAAGAACUGGCACAUCAACGACUGCUAUUGGGGUCGCAUUCGUCACGAUGGUGUUUGGUAUUCUGCUGUUGUUGAGUUGUCUCUACCGCCAUCGACACAACUCCAAGCAGAGCUUCUCGUAAUCUACCAGUUCUUCGGAAAUCUUCACAGUGUGUCGCAUGCGCAGCUCUCGUUGAUAGGCUGGCCAGGUUCCAAUGGCCUGUGGGAAGAGGUUGGCCUUGGAGCCGAUGGAGAGUCCAUUACCUAUGAACCAAACAUGCAACAGAGGAGGAGCGCAGUCCUUGACACUCGUCCAUUUCUGGUUUGCAUGAUGGACUCGCCUGAGUGCCACUGCUUUAAGGAGGUGAAUGCCAGUGGCACUUUUCCAGAGAUGCGUUGUGAGUGGAAAAAGGCCCAGCACAAGUGCCGUGGAGAUUUUGAGACUACUGGAUGGACAGAGAACCACGGCGGCUCUGAUUUCCUGGUGGCUAUCAACGAAACAGGGUCCUACCAGUACCUCACCAACGUCACUUCUUGGCACGUCUCUAAUGGUCCCAGGUUCACCAAUGCCAGCUACCAUGGCCUCACCGCCGACGGAGCCGUCAAGGUGAAGCGCGAGGUGAGCACUUGGGCCACACGAGACGUGGCACGUCAUUUGCACAGCUUCCGCUAUGAAGUUUUAAGGAACGUGACCUAUCCCCGAUUUGCACUCUACGUCCUGGGCGCGGAUUGGUACAAUUUUGUGGCAGAUCCUGACAUAGUUUAUGGUGAUCUGGAUGGACUGAUUGGCAUGGCUGUGAACCAGAGCGCCUCGUUGCAACGAUUCGAAUAUUCGGAGCGGUGGAAGGACAUUCCCUGCCAGCUGCCUUGCUGGUUUGCUAUGCUGACCAAAGGGUCUCAGGAGACGCACCAUGCCCAUCGAGGACUCCUCCUACGCAGCUUUUCAGCGGGGCAGCUGCGAGGUCCAGUUUUCUCUCUGAUCGGCGGCGACAACUUUGGUCUCCGUACUUUGGGUUUGGAGCUGGGCGUUGCAAGUGGCGGCUCUGUGCAUCUUCAGGCUGGUGACGUGAUUUCGGCCGACAUUGAGCUGAUGCUUUAUCCAAAGAGCCAGUCAGUCUACUACGGGCAGGCACCCCUGCAUCUCCAGGAUGACUGGGAAAUGGUCUUCCGGGAAGCCCAGCUGCAGGUGGAAGUGCUUGAAGGUCAUCUCCAACGUCAGUAUCCACUGCGCCUUGCAGUGACAAGUGCAGGUCGUGCAGAGUUCAUUGCAGCUCUUCCGAACAACUACUCAGGUGUGCUGCCGGUAACCAUCGCAGGGGUUCAGGGCUUGCGAGGAUGUCUCUGGCAUUUCGCGGAAUGCCAAGACCUGGGCGAAGGUGGUGAGUUCCAAGUGGACUACAUUGCUGAUGAGGGCUACGCUUACACCUACAGUCUUCCGGACAAGGAAGUGAUGCAUUUUCUCUUCGAGUCGGACUGCAGGUUGGAUGAGAGUGAGACUUGCCAUGCAUGAUAGUCAGCAGGCAAGUGCAGGGGCAAAGAUCUCCUGUGUGAUUGAUGAUGCGACGGCGGAUGCAUGAAUCCCUGUAUCCGCCUGUAUCCUGAAUCCUUUCACCCAGGUUGUGUCAUGUGCCAUUAUGUGCCAUUGCAGGAACAAAGACUCCUGGGAAAUUUACAUUUGAAAGUUGGUCUGGGACUCGUUGAAAUGUGGCGAAUCCCAAGACUUGAUAUGGCACAAAGUUGCCACGGCCAGGGUGCAACACGCCACCCCUGCCUUGCUGAAAUCCUUUGUUUCGAGACCUCGACCCAGGACAUUUCCAUCGCAGC